AUGGCGUACGCCUUUCCGGCGUCCGAGGCGGGUGGCCAUGGACAUACGAGCUACUCACACUCUGGUCCGAGCAGUAGGAGCAGUAGGAAGGGGAGUGAGGACGCGUUUGACGUGUUGAAGGAGUUCAAGCUCAAGAUCGAUGAGGAUGAGCACUACAUCGAAUUUUUCCAGGAGCGGAUCAAGAUAGAGGAGCAGUAUGUUUGGCAAUUGCAGCGGCUGUACGAUCGGAGCGUCGCCAUCGAUUCAUUGCAUGAAGAUCAAGCAAUGCAAAGAGCCAGAACAACAGCCAGGAAAGGUUGGGUCGAAGUGCGAGACUACACGUCCAGGGAGAUUGACUCGCGGAAUGCGCUCGUUAUGGCGCUCAAGACGGCUAUUAUACCUGAUUUGGCCAAGAUCAAGGACGAACAGGAGCGUAUUCGGCAAGGUCUAAGGGAGAACGUACGGGUCUCGAACGAGAUGUACGACGAGCACUUCAAGCAGCACGUCCCGAAGUUGAAGAAGACAUACUGGCAGAAAUGCCAGGCGCUCGAGGAUCACAAGCGGCAGGAAGCUGCGAUUCUGGCGCAGGCCAGACUGCUGUCUACACCGUCACCCUCUUCUCCGUCCGGAAGUCCACAAUUCGAGCAGCCCGCACCUACAUUCAACCCUCCGCCUCUAAUGGUCGGUGCGCUGCCUCCUAGCGCUGCUGCCGGCGGUCUUGCCGAUACCCCUUACUUCUCGCCGCCUCAAGCCAAUCAACCUUUACCUGCGCACGAUCGUGCCCCCGGUAUCACCUUCAAUCCUCAUGUACCAUCACACGCGAGCCGCCCGUCCACCUCCGUCGCGCGCAAUCGCGAUCGCUCUGGAUCCGGCACGGCCGGUCAAACGGACAAGAAGGACACCAAGGAGGUGUUCCAAGAUCUGGCGGUACAGAGCAAGAAGGGAUUCAAUGCGUUCAUGCAGAAGCUGGGCGGGGAUAAGGGGGACAAAGAGCCGGGUGAUAGCGGGUUCGUCAUGGUCGGAGGAGGAGGAAAAGAGGAUGACGGGAUGGGACUGCAGAGGAGGUCGACAAAUCGAGGGAUACAUGGAAAGGGGCAGGAGACGGGGGCGAUGCGGGCUGUAAGAGCGAAGAGGGAGGUAGAUGAUGCCGACAAGGCGUACCGGAACGGAGUUUUCCACCUUGAGUCCCUCAGGCUCAGGCGGGAGAAGGUCCAGGCUUCGGCUUUGACGAAUCUUGAGCAAUUCAACGACGACCUCACCAUCAAGCUUCGGAAUGCCCUCGCAACAUACGUGGAUAUCGUACACGCUACAGCAGCGACGAAUGCGCAAGCGACGGAUGUGGUCAGGCAAGCUGUGGAACGGAUAGACCCUAGUCGAGAGAUGUCGCUCUUCCGAGCUCGGCUGAUGUCUUUCCGAGGCUUACAAUCCACGCCAGUACCAUAUGAGAACUUCUACGUCGGCCCUUGUCGAUCCCUCAUUUUUGGCGUUAGUCUGACGGACUACGACUUUGCGCGAGGUGAAGGCGGGGAUCAUGGUCGGCCACCGACGAUCGUCGAGAAGUGUAUUUCUGCUCUCGAUCAGAAGGGUAAGUCACCUCAACCAAGACUGAGAGCAAUCGCUGACGCUCAAGGUCUGGACGCGGAAGGGCUGUAUCGCAUCAGCGGACGAAAGGCCGGUGUGCAGAAGAUGAUACAGGAUAUUGAGCUGGACGAGGAGAAAUUUGUCUUUGAUGAGUCGGGCGAUGUCCACAGCGUCGCAAAUGUGCUCAAACAAUACUUACGAGAGCUGCCUGAGCCGGUGUUCCUCCUUCCGCACUCGGAGCGGGUCAAGAUCACUGAGAAUCGAGAGCAACUCAUCCACAGCAACUUUGCUGCACUUCGAAGCAGGCUGCGUCGACUCCCUCCGAUCCACCAAACGACCUUCCAGGCUAUCAUCGAACAUCUAGGCAGGGUGCAGAGCCGGUCCAACACAAACAAGAUGGAUGCCAAGAACCUAGCUGUAUUCUUCAAUUCGGUCUUGUUUGGCGCAGACAACGGCCCAGAAGCAACCGCGUUGACCAUGCACCAUCAGGCGGAUUCGGUGCUCCGGGACUUGAUAACUUUCUCCGACCUGCUUUUCACCACCGAUGUCGAGCCAGCAUCCGGCGCAGGCGACAAGCGCCACGCCGUGACCGAGACUGCCAUCGAGGACGCUCCGAAAAUCGGUAGCUCGAGAACGCGGAUGAAGAUCAUCGAAAGCCCGGUCUUGGCGGUAUCCGGUGAGGCAGCUGGAGCGCAGGGUGUUCCUACCGCUGUCGACACCGUAGGCAGAUCUGUGGAAUCUCCGGGCCAAGGGGCUAAUGAGGUGGACCUGGCGUCGGUGAAGUCGACUUUCACGCCUGAUGCGCGGCUGGAACUGCUUUACGACCCGAAUGUCAUCCCUGCUUUGUUCCGCGAAUCUCUUGGACCAGAGUAUCAUGUGCGACCCCUCUCCUCGACAGAUCUCAUGCGCUCCCACUUCUCCCUCCUUGCCGACCUCACCUCCUCGCCACCCAUCGCACCCUCCACCUACGCCGCCAUCUUUCAGCACCUCCGCUCCAGCCCCAACACUUACUACAUCACCGUCAUCGCCGAUAAUUCGGACGACCAGCUCGUAGCUGCCGGUACACUCUUUAUUGAGCGGAAACAUAUCCACGCGGGCGGCUCGUCAGGGCAUAUCGAGGACAUUGUCGUCAGUUCGCGUACCCAGGGCAAGGGGCUGGGGAUCAAGCUGGUCAGGGGCUUGAAGGAGAUGGCGGAGGGACUGGGGUGUUACAAGACGAUCUUGGACUGCCAGGAGGGCAAGGUCGGGUUCUACGAGAAGUGCGGGUGA